UCACUGCAGCGAACGCCAUUUUGAUACUGAACACAGUGGGUGGAACAGUUCGGACACGAAUAGACGGCAAAAUUUACACUUAAACACGCUGAUUACUUGGUCAGCAAACGCCGAACAGCCAUGUCAUCGGAUAACCAGGACACGGAGACGCAGUCGGAGCAGAUGGACGAGACUCAGGAAUCCCAGGACACAAACUCAAACCCAGUGCGGACAGAGGAGGCCAAAUUGAAAGCGAAGUAUCCCAGCUUGGGCCAAAAGCCAGGUGGCUCCGACUUCCUGAUGAAGAGACUGCAGAAAGGGCAAAAGUAUUUUGACUCAGGAGAUUACAACAUGGCCAAGGCAAAGAUGAAGAACAAACAGUUGCCUGCCGCAGCUGGUCCAGACAAGAACAUCGUCACCGGGGAUCACAUUCCAACCCCACAAGACCUUCCGCAGAGAAAGUCCUCAUUGGUUACAAGUAAACUGGCUGGCUAACGUCAGCCAUAGGUUUUGAAUAAACCCUCUUACCAAACUUCCAAAACCUCCCCAGCCCCACCAGACCAGCUUCAUCAGGACUGGUUAUCAGUUUAUUUUGUUUUGUUUCUUUUAAUUUGGGUGUAGAGUCUUGCCGUCAUUUUCAUUUCACUUCAGUAGGUCUAAGCAUCCCAGCUCUGUUAACCUCUUCAGAGUAGGGAUAAACUAAACCCUUGCUACUCCAGGCCCUGGUGGAGCAUGAUGCACUUUACUCCGUGUACCCCGUAUAUUAGUGAUAUUAUGAACAAACCCCUGAAGACUUCAUAAAAUGCUUUUCAAAAGAUGCUUUUAAAAUGUGAACAAUUAUUUAAGAUUGUUUUAAAAGGUUUUGUUUUCUAUAUAGACAAUACUUGACAAGCCAUUGGACCCAGAUUACAUUGGCAGCCCUCUUUUCCUUCAUAAUGACAAAUUAAUGAAUGUUUUAUAUAUAAAAAAAAUCGUAAUCAGUGAACAGAAUAGUCAGAUCAAUUUUGGUAAAGAGUGGCUGGUAGCUGUGUAGCCUUCAUUCACACUUCUACCUCUCGCUCUCUAAAUAUGGCUCAGUUGAACCAACGGCUGCUUACGACUGGAUUGCUUUACUAUUCUCAGCCUUCACCUUCCGUGGUAGGCUCUGAGCAAGCGGUUCCAAUCUUUCUGAUUAGAUUAUUGUAAUCGCAGCUUUUGGGUGUAAACAGACAAUGUUGUAAUUCACAGAUAAUAGCCAAGAGCUGAAAUGGUCUUUGAAUGUGAAAUGAGAAUGAAAGGGGCUUUAGAAAAUGAAAUUUUCAUUGCACAAAGAAUACUUUAAAAGAUAAAGUAUGUUCAUAGAAAGUGGUGGCUAUGUGUGUUAUAUCUUAAGGGCAUCUGGAUAUAUUCAGCUUGUGAUUACACUAACAGCAGUGUAUGCAUUAAUGGCAUUAGUGUGCAAUUUAUUUUGUGAUAUACAACACAUAUGUAAUGUGAUGCACAUGAUCCCUUUGACCAUCUGAGAUAAUGAUGACAUAAUCACCUUGUCUUGUCUUAUGAGGUGCGGAAGGAAAUUUGCAGAAUUGAGCAGCACCUUUGGUUCUAUAUUUGUAAAAUAUUUUAGACCUAAAUAGUAAAAUUCUCUACUUAAACUUGGACAAAGUUAAAUGUUUAAAUGUAUAAAAAGUAUUUGAAAAUAUUACCCAUAGAUUGCUUUGACAUGCAGCUUAUUUUUCGGGUGUUUUAUACCAAUAUCAGGGGGGGAAUAUUAUAUCCUUUGACCCAUUUAUCCUCUGUGGUCUUCAAAAAGAUACUCUUUUCUCAUCAUUUAGAAAAGUGUCCUUCAGAGGUCAUGCAUCUAGCUGCAGCAUCUUUGUACACUCCCUACAAAGUCCAAGUAUGAGGGUAGAUACCUUUACAGAGCAAAUGUAGACUGAAAGGCAGUCAAUCCAAGUGUCUAAAUCAGGAUGUGCAUAGUCUAAUCAAGUUGUCCUUUCUAAAACCACAUAGACUCGCUAACAUGUGGCCUGAAGUUUUAAAAGAAACCAUUUAGCCAUGUGAAGUUAACAAAAACAUGUAUAUUGAUGCAUGUUAUUCUUAGUAACAAAAAUAGAUAAAUUAUUGUACUGUCACUCUGUAAGUCUCACUAAAAGGUGAAUUACAUCAAAGGGAUUGAAUGUGUUUUUUCAUGUAUGGUUGAGGUGCUGUUGGCAGUUGGCAAUACAUCAGGGAAAAAUGAUGGUCUUGCACUUCGUAUUUGUCACUUGAUGGUAUGUGUGGAUGUACAAUGUUUCCUUUGAGGAAUGCGUUAUUGCACAAUGCUAGAAGAUAAUCUUAUUUUGUGCUGCAGCCAAAUUGUAAAUAGUCAAAUUGUUAAUCUGGUGUCAUAUUUCGUCUCGCAUUAUCGGUCUCAGUUGUCUUUCCAAUAUUUACUACGUUUGUGGUUUACCUUUUAUUUGUUAAUUUUGUUUGUCUGAAUCUCUCUCUGCUUUUUGAUGCAACAUAUUGACAAGAAUAUCAUCAGUUCUAUUGUGAGAAAUGUAAAUAUGGAGGUUAAGGAUGCUUGUAUCGUAAUUAAAGAAAGAUUUUUUAAUCGAUUGGAUUAAAUUCAGACAGUACUGGACUGAAAUCCUUCCACUACUGACUUUGUGAUAUUCAACUACAUAUUAACUCUAAAUCUACAACUUAAGGCGCUCUCUGUUAGACACACAAAGAUGUAUUAUUUGCUUGCUUCAUGAGGCUUUUAUUGUUUAAUUAUCUUAUAUUUUUUGCCCCAUUUAAAUAUUCUUUAUUGUUUAAGAUGUUCCACUUGAAUUAAUUUGUGUUUGAAAGUGGAUUUCCAGAAGUUUCCAGAAUCCUCUAGUCUCUCACAGUUAUAUUUAGGGAAGGAUGUCGAAUCGAGAAGUAAAGACAGAUGUUUAAAAAGAAAACUGAAUCUAUGUCUGAAAUUCAAAUAAAGUUUUACAUUAAUAGCAAAAA